AUGCCAUCUAGUAUUCUGUGGCUUCUGCUAGCUCUGCUGUGUUUAGCAGUAACGCCACGAAGAUCUGGUGGACAGUUAGAGGAAUGGUGCAUAGCGGAUGAGCAGACACCGGCGGACGAGCUAAAGAUGGCACUUGAUUGGGCUUGUGAGAAGGGAGGUGCAGACUGCAGUAAGAUACAAGAGAACCAAGCUUGCUACUUGCCUAAUACACUGGAGCACCAUGCCUCUUAUGCUUUCAACAAUUACUAUCAAAAGUUCAAGCAGGAAGGCGCAACAUGUUACUUCAAUGCUGCUGCAUUUGUCACUGCCCUUGAUCCAAGUCAUAACUCUUGCAAGUUUGAGUAUGUUCCUUAAUGAUGGCUCAGAGGAUUUGCAGUGAGGUUACAAGGUGGAAGCAGAUCAAAGAUUUCAGUUUUACAAAAGCAUAGUUAUGAGAUGAAGUUAAUUUUGAAUGUACUAGUUAAACUUUUUAAAGGUUUUUUUUU